AGGAAACUACACUGCUGACAGACUGACUGACUGACAGAGAGAUUGUAGGUUGCUCACGUCGCUGCAGCCUUUUCCCCUCCGCAUUUUAUGCAAAAGGACAGAGAGUCUCCAGUCUCUCCACAGAGGUUUGUGGUCCUCCUCUUUAGAGUUUCCUGCUGUUACAUGGUAACACAGAGCUGAAGGCAAGAGGGUGUUGAAGAUGGCAGUGUGGAUCCAGGCCCAGCAGCUCCAAGGAGAUGCUCUGCACCAGAUGCAGUCUCUGUACGGUCAGCACUUCCCCAUUGAGGUGCGACAUUAUCUCUCCCAGUGGAUAGAGGGCCAGCUCUGGGAUGCCAUAGACCUGGAGAACCCACAGGAGGAGUUCAAGGCUAAAAGGCUGCUGGACAAUCUGAUCCAGGAGCUCCAAAACAAGGCCGAGCACCAGGUGGGAGAGGACGGCUUCUUACUGAAAAUCAAACUGGGACACUACGCCAGCCAGCUUAAGAGCACGUAUGACCGCUGUCCUCUGGAGUUGGUCCGAUGCAUCAAACACAUCCUCUAUACAGAGCAGAGGCUAGUCAGGGAGGCCACCAAUUCAAGCUCUCCGGUGGGAGGGAUGAUGGACAGCAUGUCUCAGAAAUACCAACAGAUCAACCAAGCCUUUGAGGAGCUCCGCCUGCUGACCCAGGACACUGAGAAUGACCUGCGCAAGCUCCAACACAACCAGGAGUACUUCAUCAUCCAGUACCAGGAAAGCCUCCGCAUCCAGGCUCAGCUGACCAGCCUGGCCACGCUGCCCCCUGCUGACAGACAGCUACGGGAGCCCGCCCUUCUCAGCAAGAGAGCCACUGUGGAGGCAUGGCUGACCAGAGAGGCGAACACACUACAGAAAUACAGACUGGACCUUGCAGAGAAGCACCAGAAAACACUGCAGCUGUUGAGGAAGCAGCAGACCAUCAUUCUGGAUGACGAGCUGAUUCAGUGGAAGAGACGGCAACAGCUGGCAGGCAACGGGGGCCCGCCAGAGGGAGGCCUGGACAUCCUGCAGUCCUGGUGUGAGAAGCUGGCAGAAACUAUCUGGCAAAACAGGCAGCAGAUUCGGAGGGCAGAGCACCUCAGACAACAGCUGCCCAUCCCCGGCCCCAUCGAAGAGCUCCUCAACGAACUCAACAGUACAAUCACAGAUAUCAUCUCAGCAUUGGUCACCAGCACCUUCAUCAUUGAGAAACAGCCUCCACAGGUGCUAAAAACCCAAACCAAGUUUGCCGCUACAGUGCGGCUCCUAGUGGGCGGGAAGUUGAACGUUCAUAUGAACCCUCCGCAGGUGAAAGCUACCAUCAUUAGUGAACAGCAAGCCAAGGCCCUGCUGAAGAACGAGAACACAAGGAAUGACAGCAGUGGAGAAAUUCUCAACAAUAACUGUGUGAUGGAGUACCACCAGACUACAGGCACUCUCAGCGCCCACUUCAGGAACAUGUCUUUGAAGAGGAUCAAGCGAUCGGACAGGCGAGGAGCAGAAUCUGUCACGGAGGAGAAGUUCACCAUUCUGUUCGAGUCCCAGUUUAGUGUUGGAGGCAACGAGCUUGUUUUUCAAGUGAAGACGUUAUCACUUCCUGUAGUGGUGAUAGUUCACGGUAGCCAAGACAAUAAUGCCACAGCGACUGUGCUGUGGGACAACGCUUUUGCAGAGCCGGGACGGGUGCCUUUCCUCGUGCCAGAUAAGGUGCUGUGGCCUCAGCUGUGUGAUGCCAUCAACAUGAAGUACAAGGCGGAGGUGCAGAGUAACCGAGGCCUGUCUGAGGAGAACUUGGUCUUCCUGGCUCAAAAGGCCUUCAGCAGCUCCAGCAACAACCCUGAGGACUACCGCAACAUGACCAUGACCUGGUCACAAUUUAACAGGGAGAGCUUGCCAGGGAGGAACUUCACAUUUUGGCAGUGGUUUGAUGGCGUGAUGGAACUCACAAAAAAGCAUCUCAAACCACACUGGAAUGACGGAGCCAUACUGGGCUUUGUGAACAAGCAGCAGGCUCAGGACAUGCUGAUGUCUAAACCCAACGGUACUUUCCUUCUGCGCUUUAGUGACUCUGAGAUCGGAGGAAUUACAAUUGCCUGGGUGGCAGAAAAUCCUAACAAAGCAGGUGAGAGAAUGGUUUGGAACCUCAUGCCCUACACAACCAAAGACUUCUCCAUUCGCUCUCUGGCUGACCGCAUCAGCGAUCUCAAUCACCUCCUGUUCCUCUACCCCGACAGACCCAAGGAUGAGGUUUUCUCCAAAUAUUACACCCCACCUCUGUCCAAAGCAGUGGAUGGAUACGUGAAACCGCAAAUCAAACAAGUGGUGCCCGAGUUUACUACAGCCAAUCCAGACCCAGCAGGCGGCAAUCCAACCUAUAUGGAUCAUGGCGCCUCCCCAGCACCUGUCAAUCACCCUCACACCUACGGCAUAUACCCACCUAUGAGUGACUCUAUGUUGGACGCGGACGGAGACUUCGACCUGGACGACACCAUGGACGUGGCGAGGCACGUGGAGGAGCUCCUCCGGCGACCCGUAGAGAGCCAGUGGGGCGGCCAACAGUCCUGACCCUUGACCAUUUAACCCUGUGAUGACACCAAACAAACCCUGCCUCCCAAUUGUCCCCACUCGCAUUGACAUUUCUCAUGGUUUAAUUCAACUCAUUAUUCUUUUUUUUUUUUCAGAUAGCUAUAAUGUGAAAUGUUAAUAAUGGUUGUGACUUUUUUUUCUGUUCAGCUUGAGAGCAUGCAUGUCAGUGACUUCUCUUAGUUUUAUUUGUGCCCAUAAGUGUUUGUAAAACAGACUAGGUAUAAAGCAACACCUACAAUGUUACAGUAUUGUGCAAAAGGAAAGAAAAGGUAUUGUUCAUUCACAUUGUGCAUGCAUUUCCAAUUGAUUUUGAACAGAUUUUUAAAAAAGAUGCUACUGUAUGAAGUAAUUUUAACAGUUGAAUGUUUUUAUUUUUGUUAUAUUUUCUGCUUUGUAAAUGGGUUAUCAUUAUUUUGAUAGCGACAUUGAACUUGCCCUUGGACAAAAAAGAAACUUUAAUGAAGAGUUUUGCUCUUGCUCUCGACAUAAUCGGAGUCAUUUCUCUGCAGUUUUUUUCGAAGCCGUAUACACUAACCUGAAGGCAGAGGAGCGGCUCUCUUUGCUCUCUGCGACUGACAGCACACACAUCAGCACACGGUACACACGCAGGUGUACGAUGUAUUUGCUCUGAUUUGUUCACCAGCUGAAACCCAGGAAGGGGAGUUCAUGCACCUCCCUCGCUCUCUCGAGGCUAUUUGUCUUUUGUUUGUACACAGAAAUGCAAAUCUAAGCAUUUACCCAGUGCUGCCUGCUUGUCCUCUCAGGUCCCUCUGUUUUCCUCAUCAAUGCUACCUCGCAUUAUUCUACUGACAGUCGUUAUUUCUAUUGGUUCUGUUGUUGUUUCUGCACCACAUUUCACACCAGUAGGUAUGGCGGUUGGCGUUUUGUUCUUGUGAUGUGUGUUAAAUACAACAUGGUCUCACAGGAAUCCGUGAAAUAGCCACGGAUUUUGCUUAACUCAAAAUCCGUGGAAUAGCCACGGAAUCACUCAAAUUUCCGUGAAAUUGACACGGAUUUGGCUACAAUGCAAGUUAAUGACAUGUCAUAUCCCGUGGCUAUUCCAACAUACAAAGUGAUUAUGUACAUUCACUGAGUGAAUAUUUAGAAAAUAAAACAUAUAUUUCUCACUAGAAAUGUGAUCAAAAUCCAUUUUUAUGCAGAAACUAAGUCAAAAUAUUGAUUUUUCACAAAAAAUGAGAGAACUGUCCGCCAUAUUUUUUGUUCUGACCGCCGGGACCUUGAAAGUCAUGCGACUUGGAACAAACCAAUAGGAACAAAUAUCCAUGGAAUAGCCACGGGAUAUGACUGUCAUUAACUUGCAUUGUAGCGAAAUCCGUGUCAGUUUCACGGAAAUUUGAGUGAUUCCGUGGCUAUUCCACGGAUUUUGAGUUAAGCGAAAUCCGUGGCUAUUUCACGGAUUUCUGUGAGAGCAGGUUCGUUAAAUACGUGUGAGGAAGAUCUUCGCCGUCUGACCGCUAAUGGCUGUUUUUUUAUGCUUGAAGCCACUCACCUGAUGAACUCACGUCAGGAUCAGUGUUCCUGAAUAUUUGUCUCCCUUCCGGACAUUUCUGCCUAUCCGUCCACUUGUCUUUGUACCUGUGUUAUGACACUGUGGCAAAAGUCUCUGUGUGUCAACAUGACUGCACCAGCAGCUGAAGAUGCAAGGCAGACAGUACAUAGAUACACAGACGCAGGGUUGAAUGCUUGCACAGACUCACCAGCCACUGGGCCACAUGUAGAGCUCAAGGGUUUAGUGUCAUUUCUCUGUCUGACUUUUGUUUUUCGGACAAGCUUAUUUUUUGCAUCCUCUUUUUGCUAUGCUUAAAAAAGUACAUUUACUAGAAAAGGUUGAGACUAUUUCCCCACUCCCUCCUCUGACACACACACACACACACACACACACACACACAUCACACGCUGAAUAGAAAAUAUGUCAACAGCCUUGCACCUCAGGAAUGAAUCGCUUUGCUUAGCAGAUGUAUAAGCCAAAUCAAAAAAUUAUUAAUGUAUACAGAAUAUAUGAAUUUAUUUUCUCUAUCAUAAUUCUAUUUUAUUAUUGUUUCUCUGGCACUCCCCCUAUUGAAUGUAACCCCCUUUUGCAUGACCCUGUUGAGGAUAUACGUACAAAUACCUUCUCAGUCUGAGCAGAAGUUUCAAGUCUCGUAUCACAAGAAGAACCAUUUGAAAAAGGACACGGACAAACUGGAAAUCAGAAGAAUUUACAAUGUAUUUUUGUGUUUGUCCAACAGACAUUACAGUAUUAAAGAUAUUCCCUCAUCUAA